GGAUUGCCAAUUCCUGUGAAGCUGAGAUAAAACGAAGCAUCAGUUGGAUAGAAAACGCUAGGGAUAUUUGGAUUGAUCUUGAGGAUCGAUUUUCUGAAACAAAUAUGCCUCGAAUAUUUGAUUUAAAACGUCAUAUAUCAACUCUCAAACAAGAAGAUUCUAGUAUAUCUUCUUAUUACACCAAGCUUAAAAGUCUAUGGUAUGAAGUGGGCGCUCUUACACCGGUUGAACCUUGCACCUGCGGUAAUGGAAAGCAAGUGCUUGAACAGCUCAACAGAGACAAAGCAAUGGAGUUCUUACAGGGACUUCAUGACAGAUUUUCGGCCGUAAGAAGCAACAUCCUUCUUAUGUCUCCUUUUCCGACGCUUGCGAAGAUUUACUCCCUUGUUCGUCAGGAAGAACAACAACAAUUUAUCAACGUUGCUGCUACACCCCAGAUUGACAGCGCAACCUUGUCUACCAGAUUUGCACCUCGACCUUCCCCUUGGAGCAACACCAAUGGAUCGAGCAGCAAGAAGCCGCGACCAUCUUGUGAUCAUUGCCGAAAGAUUGGUCACACAAAGGACCGUUGUUAUCAACUGGUUGGUUACCCGAAGAAGCCAAGAGAUGACACAAGCACGGGCUACACAGGAAAUCCCAGCACAGGCUACACGGGAAACUCUGUCGCUCCAAGUAGCUACAUGGCUGCUGCUCCACAGUUGACCCAUGAUCAAUACAAUCAACUUUUAACAUUGCUCCAAACUGGUACUACGACAACAAUUGCAAAUCUUGCAGGACCUACAAACGAAGAAGCUGAUUGGUCAGGGUGAUUACUACAAUGGUCUAUAUUAUCUUCGUGCUGUUACUGCUUUUUCUGUUUCGCUUCCGCAAAAUUUUCAUCUUUGGCAUUGGAGAUUGGGACAUCCGUCCUCCCCUAGAUUAGAUUACUUAUCGAAGAAAUUUCCCUUUAUUAGUUCGGACAAAGGCAUCUGUGGGAUUUGUCCACAGGCAAAACAAUCUCGUUUAAAGUUUCCUUCUCGUUGUAGUUCUAGUUCUAGGAUUUUUGAAUUAAUCCACUGUGAUAUUUGGGGACCCUUUAGCGAA